AGCAUGUGCAAAGCUUCACCAGCUUCCGCUGGCUUUCACUUUCAUACACAUUCAUGUACAGUCGUUCAUUCCUACAAACAAAAUCUAAAUCUUUGACAAUGUGACCAACACUUUCAUUAACUCUUCACGUUGCGCUUUGCCAACACUUUCCCAAAAAAAACACCAAACCAAACCCAAAGCUUCCACUUUACUUCAAGAAUAUCAUGCUUUUUGUUUGAGUUUCUCUAACAAUGGACUCGACAACUCUCCUUGAUCGUGCUCUGUUUCAACUCACUCCUACUCGAACUAGAUUUGAUCUGGUAGUCUUCUCCAAAGGAAAGAAUGAGAAACUUGCUUCUGGGAUUUUUGAACCCUUCGUUUCUCACCUCAAAUUUGCAAGAGAUCAGAUUUCAAAAGGUGGGUAUUCGAUUACUCUGCAGCCACCUGCCCCUGGUACCCCCUGGUUCACGAAAGCUACCUUUGAGAGAUUUGUGUGCUUUGUUAGCACACCAGCAGUUCUGGAAAGAUUUGUCGCCAUAGAAAGAGAAAUCUUGCAAAUUGAGAGAUCAGUUCAAGCUAAUGAAUUAAACGCUAAUGCGGAUGGAAGGCAGGAGGAAGAUGCCAAUGUUAAUACAAGGAAAUCAACUGAUUUCACAAAGACAAAGGAUGACAUUAUACAGGAAGAGAACUCCAAGGUUCAACUUCAAAGGCUGCUGGAAACUAGGAAAGCCUUGCUUCGAAAAGAGCAAGCAAUGACUUAUGCUCGUGGGCUAGUUGCUGGGUUUGCUUUGGAAAAUAUGGAAGAUCUCAUUUCUUUUGCAGAUGCAUUUGGAGCAUCCAGGUUAAGGGAGGCAUGCAUUAAUUUCAAGGACUUAUGCAAGAAAAAGCAUGCAGACCGACUUUGGAUGGAAGAAUUAGCAGCAGUGGAGGCAUGCUCACAGUCAGAAAUGCCAUUAUCGGGAACAUCUGGCAUUGUGCUUGCAAAUGGAAUUGGCAUCCCCAAUCCAAGUAUCAUGUCAAAUUUUUCCAUAAAUGGUGCAUCUAGCAGUGAUCAUGCUCCAAAUGAAUCUUCAGAAGCAUCAAAACCAGACCCAUCAUAUGCUGGAGCUGUGGACUGCAAGAAAGAUGAGAAUUUACCUGCAUCAGAUAAGACACCAUCAACUACCACAAAAUAUAAAGUGCCAAUGCAAUGGCCAAAUCAGAUACCUCAGCAUAUGUAUAAUUUACAAGGCCAUCUACCUCCGUAUCAAGGAUAUCCUUUCCUCCCUAUACAACCUGUACCACUUCUGUAUCCGUUGAAUAUGCAGUGGCCUCCCAACAGGAAUCAGAAGUCAUCUUCCAGGCAAAAGAAGAAGUUGUCAAAUGGAAAAGGACCUGAAUAUUCAGGAGAUGAAAGACCAACUGAAUCCAGUGGUUCUGACUCUGAAAGUGAUUCAAGUUUAAACAUGCAACAGGAAGAAAUAAGGCAGUCAUCACCAGAUCCUCCAUAUAGGAAGAAAAACCAUAAGAAGUCAUCCAGAACAGUUGUCAUCCGCAAUAUUAACUACAUCUCUCCCAAGAGAAGCAGAGAGAAAGAUCAAGUUUCAGAUGGAUCUUAUUCUGGGGAGGAUGAUCUAAUUGAUACAGAUUCCUUUAAACAGAAAGUGGAUGAUGCAAUUAAAUCACUGAAGGAAUCGAGCGAGUUAAACUCAAGAAACGACAAAAGAAGCAACGGCAUUGCAAAUAAAUCAACUGAUGCUUCUUAUCAGAGUGAUUCUGAUGACCUUCAUGUAAAAAAAUUAGAGGGAGGGAAAAGAAAUGAAAACUGGGAAGCUUUCCAAAACCUUCUGAUGAGGGAAGAAGAAAGUGCAAGUGUGAAUGAAGUUGAAUGGAAGCAAGCUGAGGAUGUUCAGGAACAUUUCAUGGCUCGAAACUUUGAUGGUAAAAUUUCUGUAACCACUCCUUUGAACUUGGAAUCACAGAAAGUUCCAAUUCAGCGGACAAUUCUGACUGAUUCUUUUGUUAUGACUGAGAGGGACGUGAAUAAUGAAACUAGGGUGAAGUUGGAUGAUUUCGUUGAUGGAGAGAAUUAUCGUCUAGUCAUGAAGAGAGGAGACUGUGUAGAAGUGGAUUUGUUACGUCCAGAGAGACUGGCAGAAUCAGGAAAUAAGCUUGGUAAUCUCAUAUCUGCUUGUGCAAAUGAGUCAGCUGUAAUCAGGUCUGGAAAGGAAGAUGAUUGGUGUGUUGGCAAUCACUCUGUAAAGCCAGAAAGCCAGGAUUCAGAUUCAGCCAAUAAGCAGAUGCUUUUUAAUGGUGAUCAAGUUUUAUCAGUGGAGAGUGAUCCGUUAUAUUCUCAGAAAAGUAGGAAAGAAGUUCUUAUUGAUGAUUCUUUCAUGGUUGCCGCUCGGCAAGCAGGUGAUAAUCAGGAUGAUUCCCUUUGGAAAACAGAUAUAAGUAUGGUUGCAGAUCUAACUUCACCUAGCAAACAUGAUGGCACCAUAGAUUCUUCACAAGAUAAACAUAAGGUACUUGAUGUGCAUGAGCCAAACGAUCUUUGCAUGGUGCUUGAAAGAAAACCUGGAUAUGAGUCCUCCAGACACUCCUGGACAAUGGAUUAUCAAAUUGGCUUAUCAUUCACAGAAGCAAAUAGAAGUGCAGCCAGUGAAUGUGAUGAUGAGAAGGUUCCUUCCAAUCAUAAGAACACUAUUGCCAAGCAUAAUGGUAUCCUUGAGAAGAAAAAGCAGGCCCAAGAGGCAAGGUUUAAAGUUUUCAAUGGACCCCUAGGGAAGAGCAAAGCUGAAAAUAUGUCUAAGAGCAAGAAACCUUCCCCUGUUAGUAGGUCUACAAUUCAGAAGAGCAAGUUGGAGAAGGAAGAGGAGAUGCGGAAGAAGAUGGAAGAGUUAUUGAUUGAACGGCAGAAAAGAAUUGCAGAGAGAACUGCAGCUUCUGGUUAUGCUUCAGCUGUAUCCAAGAAAUCGCCCUUAGAAAGUAAAGCAGCAAAAAGUUCUGUAAAGAGUGAUAAGAACAAAAAUCUUUCCAUAGCUCAAGCAACAAACAGGGUGAGUUCUAUCAAACUUAGGGCAACUUAAGAAAGAGGUUGAGAUCCUCUUUGAUGAUAUCCAAUCUUUAUAUGGGUAAACCAUUACAUUUGAGGAGGAUGGAAUUCAAUCCUGAAAUCUCUCAAGGUAAGGAAACUUGCAGCGGUUAAAUUUGCCUAGAACAUGGAAUUACACUCCUCACACAUGUUUUAGCUUUUGUGGUUCUAUAUGAACAUCCCUCGUUGCACAGUUUUCCUCUUCAGAUCAAAUAUUCCAGCAGCUAGAGCCCCUUGCAGCUUUUACUAUGUACUUUUUCAAUAUCUCUGAGUUACACCUGUAAUUCAUUCCGUCAUUGUUUGUUUUAAUAAUUUAUAACUAUUAAACAAGCUCAUAAACAUACAGUCCUUAGUUCUUCAUAUAUUUCCUUUACUUUCGUCCUAUUGUAUUUUGCUGUUUCUGAAUGUCAGUCAUUAUUGUCAUGGAAAUAAGUAGUUUCUUUCCUUUGUAUACUUAAAGACUUCUUUUUGAGAUAUAUGAUUCAUGAUCAUCAGUGUUG